AUGCCGCCGCUGAUCCCGGCCGAAGACCAGAAACCGCCGGCCAGUGUGGGCGGGAAGCCCGGGACCACCACCAUCUCCACCAUUGCCGUCAGGGCCGAGCCUCACACCACCAUCGUCAUCGCAAUGCUCAAUGUAAGCGGCGUUUUGAAGGAACGCACAGUGACGAACCUGAUUCAGUGGCAAAAAACGUACCAUUUUGUGUUCGGGAAGUAUCAAAAAAGUAGCAAAAUACCUCAUUUUUUUGACUAAGAAAACUCUGUUUUGAAGGGCGCUCCAAAAAUAACGGCCCCUUUUUUUGGAAACCGGAGUUUUUUUCACUUGGAGAGGGAGGUAUUUUGCCACAUUUUUGAUACUUCUCGGAAGCAAAAUGGCACAUUUUUUGCCACUGGACCAGGUCCGCCACUGUAUCUUAUUUUUUCAGAGCCAAGGAGACAUCCAUUUGCGGAUCGACGAGAUGAGCCCUCGACUUCUGGAGAUCGGCGAGACCAUGGAGGAGGCCGAGACUUUGUUCGACUCCCACACGGAUUUGGCGGCGAGAUUGGCGGUGAGUUUAUCUUGACCGAUCCAACUGCGACGCCCAGUUUUUCAUAUCAGUCUGUCGGGAAAAUAAUGUGGGUCUGUCGCAGAAAAAUGUUUCGCCUCGUCGAAUAAAGGGCGCACCAAAUUUCCAGCUGCGGCUGGCCGUCGCAAAGCGAUUAUGGGCGAUUCCAGCCAUUAUUCUCGCGACAGAUUGAUAAAACCUUGGCACAAAUAUUUUGAAAAUAUUUUCGGUAGAAAAAUGCGGCCGAAGCGACCGAGAUUUUUACAUCGAAAGUUGACGAAAAUGAGGAACCUUUUUGUGAUUUUUCUCAUAUAAACUUUCAUGCUUAUUUCUACCAUAGAGAAAAUAUAGUAAUAUUUUCACAAAACAAUCAAUUUUUUCCGCAAGAAACUGGCAAAGAUAUGAUCAAAAAGUGUUCUUCUCCCUGACCGCUCUCCCCAUUUCACGUGCUGUCUCGGCCCACAAAGAUUGUUGAAUAUCUCGGCUCUCCCUGCAGAUCGCAAGCUAAAAUUUUGAGGAAUCGAUACAUAGCCUAUCCCCAAAAAGUCUGCAAAAUUUCAAGAAAAUCCGAGCAUCUCACUUGAAGCACUGCCAGCUCAAACAUACUCAUCAAAAAAUUUCUUUCAGACAAAAGAAAGUCAAGUGGAAGAGCUGCUGACCAGAGCCAAUGAAUUGGCUCAUGAACAAGAGGAGGAUUACAACAUUUACGUCUACGAAUCCAUGGCGGACAGCCUGACGUUGGCGUGGAAGGAGCUGAACAAACAGCUGGAGUUGAGAGGCUACAUUUUGGAGGACGUGUUGCGGUUCCAUGAGCUGGCGAAACAGCAUGAAAAGGUGAGAAAUGCGAGAGUCUGUCGCAGAAAUUGUCAAAAAAUAGGGCGCUGCGACACUUUGAGUUUCCCCGAUUUGUCGUUACAAGAGGCUUGCAGAUGGCUGAGUUAAUUGAAAUUAUAGGGAUGAUUAGUUGAAAAGAUCGUCAAGUUUAAACGUAUUUUACAUGUAUUGCUGCAGUAGCCCCUGGUAAAGCUCACUGGGGGAUGUGGUAUAAUCAAACUUUGGGCAGUUCCGGACAGGUUUCGGGUUUUCGAUGGUGCUGAUUUCGAAAAUAGAAUCCAUUUUUUCUGAAUUUUACAGUUUUGCAGUAGUGUUAAUUAGUAAUUUUAAAAAAUUUUUUUGAGUAAUGGAUUUAGGGGUGUCACCACUUAGCUAUGAGUCGUGGUGUAAGAUGGCCCUUAACUUGCCCGCUACUACUAGUAUUCACUACCCUCUGAUAACCCGGAGACACAGACUAGAGGACUCUGGCAAUAAAACUGUGAACUCACGAUGUUGACUCCAGACGAUGUGAGGACCACACGACAACAAUAGACUACAGUAGAAAAUACAACGGUUUACAGGGUCUUACAAAAAACGUGAAGGAAAGUGGAAGGCCAUAACUUCCGGCGGAGGCGGCGCAGAGACUUCGUAUUUGAAAUAUGUAUUUUUAAAAGACAUUAUUUUUUGUCUACGAAAUAACAAGCUUUUAAAGUGCAGACUGAGGUCGCUACGACCUUCUGAAGUAAAGGCAUCUCUACCCCUAAAACCAGGUUUUUCGGUUGAAAAUGAUCGAGAAAUUUCGGACAUUGUCGGUUGAAAAUCACCAGGAAAUGUCGGAUUUUUUGGGGGUUUCUUGAUAUAGUCUUUAAGAAAACGUCGAACAAAUUGCACGUGUUGGCACUUUCCUCCUCUUUUUCAACAUCACCCGUAUCAAAACCCCCCAAAAAAUCCGACAUUUCCUGGUGAUUUUCAACCGAAAAAGUCCGAAAUUUCACGAUCAUUUUCAACCGAAAAACCUGGUUUUCGGGGUAGAGAUGCCUUUACUUCAGAAAGUCGUAGCGACCUCAGUUUGCACUUUAAAAGCGUGUUAUUUCGUAGACAAAAACUUAUGUCUUUUAAAAAUACAUAUUUCAAAUACGAAGUCUCUGCGCCACCUCCGCCGGAAGUUAUAGCCUUCCACUUUCCUUCACGUUUUUUGUAAGACCCUGUAAUUGGCGAUUUCUCUUCCUUUUAUACCAAUUUGUCGGUCAUUCCGUAGGAAUAUGCAAAUUCGCACGCGAAGUCGUGACGGGGGUUUUCGAUGGUGCUGAUUUCGAAAAUUGUAUCCAUUUCUUCUGAAUUUUUGCCUUAAUCUUCAAUUCUCCUGCAGCUGAAACGGAAUGCCAAUAAUUUUUCAUUGCUUGAUCGCCUUUGCUCUACUUUUUGCUUAACUCCCUUUUUCGAAUCAUGCAGAGCAAUCAAUCAUUUUCCAUCAAAAAAAUUGUUUUCGGCAUAAAAAAACUAAAAAAUAUAUCCAUGUUUUUUUGAAAUUUCUAAUCAUUCCCCCCCAUUUUUCAGCUCGUUGCCAAAGUCCAUCACUAUUUGAAGAAGCUCUUCGAAGAUGGGGACGACGAGAAGACGAUAAAUACUGUCAGAAAUACUGUCGAAGGUGGGUAAAGCCAUUUUAUUUUACAUUUAUCGCUGCAGAUAUCAUCCAGACCACCGUGGAAGCGAUCGGCUUGGGCUCGGAGAUCAUAACUCAGAUCCGAGUGCUGGGAGCGCUCGCUGACAACGAUGAGAGGCUCAACGAGAUUGUGGAGAGCUGCUUGAUCAUCGAAAAGGUCAUGUUGAAGUAAGUGGAAAGCGAAAAAAUUAUAUAGUUUUUUUGGUGACAAAAAAAUAAAAAAAAAGAUAUAGUCGUUCCAGAAAAUGUUGCCAUUUUAUACGACGAACGUGUCCGGAAUAUUUUCAUCGUAUUAAACGUCAAAUAAGAAUAAAUUUGCAAUUUUUUACCAGUAAAUUUGUUUUACUUAUAAUGUUAAAAAUUUCGAAGGAAAAACCAUUUUAUACGACGAAACGUGUCCGGAAUGUUUUUGUCGUAUAAAAUGUCACCUAAUCAAAAUCUUGUAUUUAUGCGGGAAUUAAGUCAUGCAUAGGAUACAUAUCAAUUCCUUGUGCUUUGCAAUGCCCGUCGAGAAAUGGAACAAUCUUUGCCGCCGAGAGAGCACGCAAAAUGCGGAGAGCGGUGAGAGAAAAGAAACAGUUUUGACCAUAUCUUUGCUAGUUUCGCGCGGAAAAAACUGAUUUUUUGUUGAAACAUUGCCCUCUACGGUAGAAAUAGGUACGAAACGAACUUUUCAUGGCAAAAUUCGAAAAAUUAGUUUUUAAAAAAAGUCUACGCACUUUAUGAAAACUAGCAGGAAAAUUGAAUCCCAAUUUUCAGAAUGUCCAAUGACUGGGAAUACGUGGAAACCGUUUGGUCCGAGGAAAAACAACGGCUUGAAAUCGACGUAGAACCACAGGAAGGCACGUUGAAAAAGAAAAAGCCGGAAGAAGCCCCGAAAAAGGUGGAUCACGGCAAAUUGGGCGCUCAAUUGAACGGAAUUGAAACUUGGCUCAAUAAUUCGAAGAAAAAAUUGAAAAAAGACCCGAAGUAUAUUCAACAAGUGGUGGCGGAGGGAAAGGUAAGUCGAUUUGAACUUUAAAACUGGAAGAACUUUUUUUUAAUUGUUGAAGAAUAAAAAAAAUGAAUUUUUUUUUUAAUUUUUGUAGUGCAAAAAAAAUUGGCGCACUUUGCAAAAAAAAUUUUUUUUAUUUUUUUUUUUUGUUUUCAUUUUUUUAGUUUUUAUUUAUUUUAUGCACUGUGCAACAGAAAAGAAUGUAGAUUGCACAGUGCAACCCAACAAAACUUUUUUUUCAUUGCACAGAGCAGUUGAGAAUUUUUUUUCGGACCGCACAGUGCAACGAAAUUUCUUCCGGGAAUCUUGCACAGUGCAAUUCAACAAUUUUUUAGAAUAUUGGACUGCACAGUGCAACGAAAUUUUAUCCGGGAAAUCUUGCACAGUGCAAGCCAAAAAUAAACUUUUUUCAUUGCACAGUGCAAGCCAAAAACAAAUUUUUUUUAUUGCACAGUGCAAGCCAAAAAUAAACUUUUUUCAUUGCACAGUGCAACUAGAAAAAAAUUGGGCCGCACUGUGCAAACAAAUCUUUUCCGAGAAUUUUGCACAGUGCGCAGUCGCGAUAAAUUUUUUUGACCGCACAGUGCAAGCCAAAAAUAAAUUUUUUUGACCGUACAGUGCAAUUGAAUUUCACCCAGAAAAUCUGCACAGUGCAAGUAAAAAAAUUGUUCCAAAAUAUUGCACAGUGCAAAAAAAAUUGAUUUCGCGGAGUGCACUAAAAUUUAGAAUAUUCAAAAAAAAAUUUAAUUGUAAUAUACAAGUUAAAAUAUUUCCAGACACAACGAGAGAACUUGCUCCGAAUCGAGGAAAUUGUUCAAAAGAACAUUCCACAGUCUCCAUUGGCGACCAAAGUGGAAUCGCUGAAGGUGUCCAUCAACAAAUUUUUGGAUGAACUUCAAAAUGAAGGAAGGUCCAAAAACCAAGUCGAGAUCUUCUUGCAAAACGCUAAUAUCGUAAGUCCGGAAAAAAUUUUCCUCAAAAAAAAAUUUUUUUAAUUAUUUUAACGGAUUUUUAAAAUACGCCCACUUUUUUUGUACUAAAUUUUUUAUCGAAGACUCCAAUUUUGAUCGUAUAAAAUGCCACUUUAAAAAACAGAGGAAAGCAAUUUAUCGUUUUUUCUCAACCGUUUAGGAUUUGUUUAAAAUUAGUUUCUUAUCCAUAAAUCAAAUUUAAAAAAAAGAAAACUUUCAUCGUAUAAAAUGUCACCCCUAGAAACUUUAUGGAAUUUCAAAAAAAAAUUUGGGGGCUUUCCGAAAUCAAAAUCAAUAUCCAUGGUAAAAUUUGUAAAAUACGUUAAGACAAUUCGUGACAGCAUUUUCAUACAGUGCAUGGACAUUUGUCCCACCUUGAACGGUGCACAAAAACCCAUAUUUUGCACCGUACAUUUCACCUUUUUUUGGUUUUUGCACAGUGCAUUUUGCAUUUUUUUGCACGGUGCGUUCUUUUCGAAAAUUUUGCACUGUGCACUCUGCAAAAGUGGGAAAAAAUGUCCAUGCACUUUAUGAAAAUGCUAUCAAUAAAAAUUUUUCACGACAAAAAAUAUUUCAGGUCCUAAACCAACUGGAUCAAAUGGAAAGAGACCUCAAAGUUGCGUCGGCGGCGUUAGCGGCGGAACUGGCGCCUUUGGCGAAGCAAAAAACGAAAAAAGUCAUCGACGAGGGCUCGCAAAUCCUUCGUCAAGAGGACAACUUAAAAGUCCGAGAAGUCCUUGAGAGCUUGCAUAAUCGCCUGCGGCAAGUGGAGGAGUUGGCGGCGCACCGAGUCAGCGUGAAUCGAAGGCUGUCGGAGAAGUUGAUCGAGCUGAACGAGUGGCUCAAAACGACGGCCGAGCCCUUCCUCGCCGACAACGGCCACGUUGGGGGGAGCGGCCAAAGCGCCGCCGAAUUCCUCAACGCCCACAAACAGUUCGAAACGCAGCUGUUCAACAAGGAGCAGGAGGUGAAUUCGGUGAUUCAACAGUGUUUUGAGCUGAAUGAAGAGGGACAGCAGCAGAUCAAGGAGUUUCGGCAACGAUACGAAGUGCUGAAAGGGAAUUUGGAGAGGCGAAUCGAGAUGGGAACUGUUCUGCAGAAGGUAAAUCUGGGAUUUUUAAAGUAAUUAGAUGAUUUUUCGACAAGAAAAUAUUAUUUUGGAGUCUUCUAAAAGCGUUGGGUGUAAUUUUCGCUGUUUUCCCUAUUUUUUUGCAAAAAAAAAACAUUUCAUCGUAUAAAAUGUCUCCACCUAGGAUUUUGUUGAAACUUGUUAGAAAUGUUGAGUAGGAUCUUGCAAGACCUUCAGGACAAUUUUUUUCUCAUUUAUUUAUCCAAGAACCGAUUUUUCUGCAAAAAAACAUUUUAUCGUAUAAAAUGUCACCGCCUAGGAUUUUGAUGAAAAUUGUCAAAAAUGUUGACUAUGAUAUUCUAAGAUCUUCAAGACAAUUUAUUCUCGUUUAUUUGCCCAAGAGCCGAUUUUUUCUGCAAAAAAACAUUUCAUCGUAUAAAAUGUCACCACCUAGGAUUUUGAUGAAAAUUGUCAGAAAUGUUGAGUAGGAUGUUGUAAGACCUUCGGGACAAUUUUUUCUCAUUUAUUUAUCCAAGAACCAAUUUUUUUGCGAAAAAACGUUUCAUCGUAUAAAAUGUCACUUCUUAUUGAAACAUGAGGAAAAUAAAAAUUCGAGCUUCCUAAGACCUAUCGAAUAUUUCUUGCAUGUUUUUGACCGCAGAACCAAUUUUUUCUGCGAAAAAACGUUUUAUCGUAUAAAAUGUCCCCAUAUAGGAUUUUGAUGCAACUUGUCAGAAUUGUUGAGUGGGAUGUUGUAAGACCUUCAGGACUAUUUUUUCUCAUCUAUUUGUCCAAGAACAGAUUUUUCUGCGAAAAUUUUUUUUUCGUAUAAAAUGUCACUAGAUAGGGUUUUGAUGAAACUUGUCAGAAUUGUUGAGUAGGAUGUUCUACGACCGUCAGAGCUAUUUUUCUCCUUUAUUUAUCCAAGAACCGAUUUUUCUGCGAAAAAACCUCUUAUCGUAUAAAAUGUCGCCACCUAGGAUUUUGAUGAAAAUUGUCAGAAAUGUUGAUUUUUUCAGAUUUUCAAAUUGAAUGGCGAUCUUGACAAGUCACUGCAAACCCUGGCCGACUCGUUGAAUGACUCUGAUCUCUACAAAAACGAGCUGGCUUUCAACGACUUGACCAAUUUGUUGCACAAUGUUCAAGAAUCAUUGGCUCAGGAGAAGCAUCAAGGUAAAAAAAAAAUUUUUUUUGAAAAUAAUAAUUUUUUUCGAAAUUUUUUUUAGUUGAAAAAUUCUCGGCGCUCUCAAAAUCCGCUCAAAACACUGAUUUAAACCUGCGCAGCCAAAAAGUGGAAGAAUCUUUGUCCAUAAUCCUCAACGAGCAUCAAAAGAUCUUCGAAGAGUUACAAGAGGAGCUCAGAAAUUGGCAAUUGAAGCGAGACGCGAGAAAAGCGGCGUCAAAAACGGUGGAAGAAGUGCAGAUUUGGCAAGUGGAAACAACCGAGUUGAUCGGGAAUUUGGAGACCAAGUUCAAGGAAGUGAAAGCGGGAGAUGAAGGCAAGGUGAAGAAGGAGAUUGAGGAAAAGAUUGGGAAAAUCCCGUUGAAAGAGCAGCAGGAGAAAAUUGGACAAGUUCAGCAGCAUGUUGAGCAAAGUCAAGGUGAGAUUUUUAGAAUUUUACGAUUUUUUCUGCGAAAAAUUUUUUUAUCGUAUAAAAUGUCGCCAUCUAGAAUUUUGAUGAAACUUAUCAGAAAUGUUGAGUAGGAUGUUCUACGACCUUCAUGACAAUUUUUUCUCAUUGAUUUGCCCAAGAAACGAUUUUUUUGCGAAAAAACGUUUCAUCGUAUAAAAUGUCACUUCUUUUUGAAACAUGAGGAAACAAAUAUUACAGUCUUUUAAAACUUAUCGGAUAAAUUUUCUAGUAUUUUUUGACCACAGAAUCGAUGUUUUCUGCGAAAAAAGUUUUUGUCGUAUGAGAUGUCACCACCCAGGAUUUUGAUGCAACUUGUCAGAAAUGUUGAGUAGAAUGUUCUAAGACCUUCAGGACAAUUUUUCCUCAUUUAUUUGUCCAAAAACCGAUUUUUCGUCGAAAAAACAGGUUUGCUCGUAUAAAAUGACACCACUUUUGAUUUAUGAGGGAAAUCUCAAUUCAAUAAUCGAGAUUCGAACCUUCGAUGAGAAGUGGGGCAUUUUUUUGAUGUCUUCCCGAGUUUUUCUGCUAAAAAGCUUUUCGUCAUAUAAAAUGUCGCCAAAUAGGACUUUGAUGAAACUUGUCAUAAAUUUUGAGUAGGACGUUUUAAGACAAUUAGAGCAAUUUUACCUUUUAUUUUUGAUCAUAGAACCGAUUUUUUAUCCGAAAAAACGUUUUAUCGUAUAAAAUGUCACCACCCAGGAUUUUAAUGAAACUUGUCAGAAAUGUUGAGUAGGAUGUUCUAAGACCUUCAGGACAAUUUUUUUUUCUUUUAUUAGUCCAAGAACCGAUUUUUCUGCGAAAAAAUUUUCAUCGUAUAAAAUGUCCGAACAAAAUUUAUUUUGCUUUCCACCUUCACUUCUCAGUUGGCACUCCUAAUUUCGCACUGUGCACUCUUUCAGACGCCGAAUUGGGGCAAAAACUCGAUUAUCUGCACAGAGAUCAGCAAUUGCUGAAGCGCCGCCUCUCCGACCUGGAGCAAGAACUGUCACAUCUGACGAGUGAGACUGUCACUGAAGAGCAGACCACUGUAAUCACCAGAUUCCCGACCUCCGAGGUUGUGCAACAUCAACAUCAGAUUCCUCGGGGCCACGCGCCCAACUUGAUCGCGGGCCUGGAGAAUCUGGAGGUGACGGAGGGCCAGCCCGUCGAAUUUUGCGUCAAAAUUGACUCGGAGCCGCCGUCAAAGGUGCAGUGGCUGAAAGAUGGAAGGGUCAUCAAAGUACGAAAUAGCAUAGUAAAAUCUCGGUCUGUCGGGAAAAUAAUGAGCACUCUGUCGCGACGAAAAUUGCAUCGGCGCUGGGGGAAAAUUAGUUGUGUCUCGGUGAAAUCAAAUUGCUUUUACGAUUGUGCUCAUUAUUUUCACGACAGACGGAUAAAGAGUUUUUCGUUGUGGGACCCGGAGAAAGCUUUUUUUUACUUUUCUGGCGACAUACGAUUAGUGAUCAUUAAUCAAAGAAUAUUUAUGAUUUUUUUAAUUGUUUCCUCGCCAUAUGCAGAAUAUUUCAAAAUCGCGUUAUGCAGAAUUUUUGAAAAUCGCGUUAUGCAGAAACAAUUGAAAAUUUUGAAAAGCCGCAUUAAAUCUUCUAUAAAUUAAGAAUUCUCUGAUUUUUUCGAAUUGCGUUAUACAGAAUUUCAGACCGCGUUGUACAGAAUUUCUAAAUCGCAUUAUAGAGAAUUAUCAAAAAAUCGACAAAAAAUUAUUCCAAUCAAAAUUUUAUCAAAAUUUACACAUUUCCAAUCCGCAUUAUCCAGAAUUUUUCACUCGCGUUAUACAGAAAAAUGCAAAAUAAAAUCCAGCAUGUCCCACAGCGAAAACAGCCUCUGUUGGCAAGCACUGAGAGCCCUCGAUUUUUAAGAGCUCGCCGGAUUAUCGCCAGCAUUUCGACGGCGAGGUGGCAACCCUGCGAAUCGACGAAACCUUCCUGGAGGACUCGGCCAAUUACACGUUUGUUGCUGAAAACUUGCACGGCACCGCACAGAGUGUGGCACAGUUGACGGUGAGAUGUAAGUCGGGGGGUUGCGCUUUUAUCACUAGUCGGUUCGCAAAGUCACUGGAGUGAUUUCGGUGACACUGUGCAAAAAAAACUGAAGAAAAUUAUCGGAUAUUUUGCCAAGAUUCAUUAAUGUCAGGUUUUGUCCAUUUUCAUCACCUCUUCUUUUAAUUACAGUAUCUUUUCAGCCCGUUCCAAGAACCCCACCCCCCUGGAAGACAAGCCUCGAUUUGUCCGCCAACUCCAAAAUGUCGACGUCAGAGAGGGCACCACCGCGGUCCUGGAGUGCGUCUGUGUCGCGAAGCCCGAGCCUCAGGUGACGUGGUGCAAGGAGGAGUCGGUUAUUCGAGAAUCCGACCGGAUUCGAAUUGACUACACCGGCGAUAAAUGCGUUCUGCGGAUCUUGGGAGCAAAUUCAGGAGAUGCCGGACUUUAUAAGGUAAAAUACGAGCUCUGAAAUAGUGGUUAAUUUUGUAAAAAUACAUUUUUGCAGAGUCAGGCGACAUUUUAUACGAAAGAAAAAUUUGGCGUAUAAAAUGUCUCCAAAAAACUGAUUGGCCAGAUUUCCAUCAAACUUGGUGCAAAAUCAUGUUACGAGUGGUAAAACCUACAACCAGCCGAGUACAAAUACAUUUUUCGAAGUCAGGCGACAUUUUAUACGAAAGAAAAGGUUUGCGUAUAAAAUUUCUCCAAAAUUUGACCGGCCAGAUUUUCAGCAAACUUGGUGCAGAAUCAUGUUACGAGUGGCAAAACCUAUAACUAGCCACGCAUAAACACAUUUUUUACGACUUCAAGCGACAUUUUAUACGAAAGAAAUAUUUUGCGUAUAAAAUGUCUCCACAAAAGUGUUCGGAUUUUCGGCAAAUUUGAUGCUAAAUAAUAUCACGAGGAGUAAAAUACGAUUGUUUUAUCGUUGGAGACGUAUAAACACAUCAGGUCAAACGACAUUUUAUACGAAAGAAAAAUUUGCGGAUAAAAUGUCACCAAAAAUGAACUGGCCAAAUUUUUUUCAAACUUGGUGCAAAAUCGUAUUAUGAGAGGUAAAAUACGGCCUCAGCUGUAAAAAAUAUAUUUUUUUUACAAAUUCAAGUGACAUUUGAUACGAAAAAAAAUUUUCCCAGAAAUCUUGUUGCGUAUAAAAUGUCCCCAAAUUCCGGCAAAAAUCGGAAAAUGACAUCUUUUUCCGCCAGCUUGUUUCUACAUCUUUCUAUAAUCAAAUUUUCAGGUGAUAGCCAAGAACAUUCAUGGAGAAUCGAUCAAUUUCUGCCGCUUACAAGUUCAAAGUCCUCAGCCAACCGCGCAAUCCGGUCUACCCCCGCAUUUUGAUCCGCCCUUGACCAACCAAGUGGUCGUUGAGGGGGAGCCGGCCACGCUGGAGGUCAAAGCUUUUGGUGAACCGAUUCCAAAAGUCGAGUGGACCUUGAAUAAUAACCAAAUCCAGGAAGAUGGCAAUGUGAAAGUUGGGAAUGAACCCGAUGGAUGGAGUAGGGUCAAAAUUACUAGGUAAGACGUGUUUGUAAUUUAAAAAAUUUGUUUGCGCUGCUGCUGAAAGGGGCUGGGAGUUUACUAGAGUGAUUUUUUAGCGAUAUUUGAGUGUUGGAAAAGCUAAUGAGCAGUAUAUUUACCAUGACCAGUUUGAUGAUCAUGGUGAAUAUUUUGACUUUUGGUUGUUUAACUUUUAACAUAAUUUGAUCUAGUAUAUGCAGGAUAAUUGUUAAGCUGUCCCCAAAUUUAUACCAUUCUGUCCCCAAAUUUCCCCAUUCUGUCCCCAACGACCUGUCCCCAAAUAGGAGUUCGGAAUCUGUCCCCAAAAUAUUCCGAAUAUGUCCCCAGACACAAAAAUUAGUGUAGGGUCCAUGUUUCGGGGUAGUAAUAACACUUCGGGCUAAAAAAUUUGAAAAUUCAAAUUGGUGAUUACGUAAUAAGCAAAAGUUCAAAACUUUUGGGUAAAAAUCGGAUAUAGGGGUAAUCGAGGAUGCUGAUUUUGAAAAUGAUAUUCAUUUUACAUGAUUUUAACUUUUUUCUUAAGUAGUAGUGUAAAGUAGUAACUUUUGAAAAUUUUAGACGAGAUGUCGAUUUAUAGGUAAUCGACACCGCGGAUUUCGAAAACAAUACCAGUUUUUUAUGAUUGUAACUUUUUUCUUAAGUAGUAGUGUAAAGUAGUCACUUUUGAAAAUUUUAGACGAGAUGUCGAUUUAUAGGUAAUCGACACCGCGGAUUUCAAAAACAGUACCAGUUUUUUUUAUGAUUGUAUCUUUUUCCUUAAAUAGUACUGUAAAGUAUUAAUUUUUGAGAUUUUUUGAAUUGGUAGGGUUUAUGGGUGCUGAUUCCAGAAUAAGAUUCCUGAUGAGUUGUGCAUUAAAGUUGUGAUUUCUUUGUUUUUAUUUUAUUUUUUUGAUGAAUCGUUAGCUAAGUACAAGGUUUGUGUUAUUGUUGAUUCAAAAACUGUGUUCAUCUUCUGUAGUUUUUAUUCACUUCCAAUCUGUUGGCAGAAGAAUUUUUGCUCAGAAUUUUCUGUCAAACCUGGCAUAGCGGCAGGCUAUCCCAAGCCAAACAAUUUUAUAGCAGAAAAAUUUCUGUCAAACCCCGCCCAUUUUGGCGCGCUCGAUGAAGAGCAGAAGCAAUACCGUUGAUGACUCGAAGUAAUAAUCGCAUGAAAAACAAUCCUUUUGGAUAAUGAUAAUAGUUUAGCAUUAAAAAAAAAAAAAAAAAAACACAAUAAAAAUUUAAAAUAUUUUACAAAUAUUUUCAACUCCUUCAGGUCCGUGUGAUAUCACCUAAAACAAUAUCUGCCUAAUUGCAAUAAAUCGGUAGAGAAAACGUUGAAACAGCAAAUAACUUGUGUAAAUUUAACCUAUUCUUGUACGGACAACGUCACAAAAUAGUACGGUUGUUUUUUUUUCUUUUUAUGACAAAAAAUUUUUAAAAUAUAACUAUGUUGUCUAAAGAGAAGUAUUUUUAAAUUUCAAAAAGUUUUUUUGCUAAUUUAAGUUCUUUGAGCAACAUCGUGUUAUUAUCCAACAGGAUUGUUUUUCAUGCGAUUAUUACUUCGAGUCAUCAACGGUAUUGCUUCUGCUCUUCAUCGAGCGCGCCAAAAUGGGCGGGGUUUGACAGAAAUUUUUCUGCUAUAAAAUUGUUUGGCUUGGGAUAGCCUGCCGCUAUGCCAGGUUUGACAGAAAAUUCUGAGCAAAAAUUCUUCUGCCAACAGAUUGGAAGUGAAUAAAAACUACAGAAGAUGAACACAGUUUUUGAAUCAACAAUAACACAUACCUUGUACUUAGCUAACGAUUCAUCAAAAAAAUAAAAUAAAAACAAAGAAAUCACAACUUUAAUGCACAACUCAUCAGGAAUCUUAUUCUGGAAUCAGCACCCAUAAACCCUACCAAUUCAAAAAAUCUCAAAAAUUAAUACUUUACAGUACUAUUUAAGGAAAAAGUUACAAUCAUAAAAAAAACUGGUACUGUUUUUGAAAUCCGCGGUGUCGAUUACCUAUAAAUCGACAUCUCGUCUAAAAUUUUCAAAAGUGACUACUUUACACUACUACUUAAGAAAAAAGUCAAAAUCAUGAAGAAUGAAUAUCAUUUUCAAAAUCAGCAUCCUCGAUUACCUAUAACUCGACAUCUCAUCUAAAAUUUUCAAAAAUUACUACUUUACACUACUACUUAAGAAAAAAGUUACAAUCAUAAAAAACUGGUAUUGUUUUCGAAAUCCGCGGUGUCGAUUACCUAUAAAUCGACAUCUCGUCUAAAAUUUUCAAAAGUUACUACUUUACACUACUACUUAAGAAAAAAGUUAAAAUCAUGUAAAAUGAAUAUCAUUUUCAAAAUCAGCAUCCUCGAUUACCCCUAUAUCCGAUUUUUACCCAAAAGUUUUGAACUUUUGCUUAUUACGUAAUCACCAAUUUGAAUUUUCAAAUUUUUUAGCCCGAAGUGUUAUUACUACCCCGAAACAUGGACCCUACACUAAUUUUUGUGUUUGGGGACAUAUUCGGAAUAUUUUGGGGACAGAUUCCGAACUCCUAUUUGGGGACAGGUCGUUGGGGACAGAAUGGGGAAAUUUGGGGACAGAAUGGUAUAAAUUUGGGGACAGCCAUUGCGUUGUCCGUAUAUGCAUUAGGGUCUUGAAUGCCCAUAAGAAUAAUUUAAAGGCUAUUAUUUUCGUCUGGCAGACCUAUGAAUCAAGAUAUUCACCAUGAUAAUUUUGAUGAUCAUGGUGAAUAUUUUGAUUUUUUGGUUGCUUAAAUUUAAACAAAACUUGAUCCGGAGUAUACAGUAAGGCCUUGAAUGUCCGCAGGAGUAAUUAAAAAGCUAUUACUUUUGUCUAGUAAGCCUACGAAUCAAGAUAUUCACCAUGGCCACUUUGAUGGACAUGGUGAAUAUUUUUCAUGUCUGGCGACUAAAAAUCUUGCUUAUAUUGAGUCGGCAGCUACGAUAUGAUCCCUUGAGCUUCUCAGAGAAUUCCGAAGUCUUGAUUAGUUUUCUUUACAGCUUCUAAGUUCCAGAUAUUCACCAUGACCACUUUGAUGAACAUGGUGAAUAUCUUUAAUUUUGGUCAUUCUGAUGGUGACUUGAGUUGAUUUUUAGGAUACAGAAUGACCUCAGCGUUAUUUCUGAGGAGCCUGAACUUCCGGUUCACUUGUUACCCCAGUUAAGUACCAAUAUAUUCACCAUGACCACUAUGAUGAUCAUGGUGAAUAUUUUGGCGUUCUAUUAAUUUAAUGUCAAAGUUUUCGGCCUACUUGAUACCAAAAUGUCUUCACGAGUUCUUGUAGAUUGUGAAGAAGCAGAACUGAAACUGCGGAGCAGCUGUAAUGGCAGUAUAUUCACCAUGUUCACUUUAGUCAUCAUGGAGAAGGUUUUGAUAUCCUAGCUCGCUGAUUUGGCUAUAACUCUGCUGCUAAUGGCUAUCACAACUAAUAAAAAUGUCUUGGAUUUGUAAAACAACCUUUUGAUGAUGUUUCUUGAUGACUAAAAUGAGAUUUUUACCAUUUUUUGCGCAUUGCGGACAAAAAUGUCGCUAAAACUUGUUUUUUUUUUUAUUUUUUCCUUUUUCAUCGACUUUUUUGCAAUUCCAGUGUCCAACACGACAACACCGGCCUCUACGCUGUUCGCGCAAUCAACAAUUCGGGCGAGGCGCGGACCGCCGCCACCCUAAACUUGAUCCCGCAGCCCAGACCAAGUCAGGUCCAUCAUCAACAAAGCCAGCAGUCCAUCACGCGCCGCAGCUCCUCCCCACGCACCGAACACUACAACCAAGAGAAACAGAUCCUCAUCCAGCAGUUGCAAAAGGUCCACCAGGACUACCACAGCAACUACAGCAGCACGGAGCGCGCAACGCCCACCUCGUUGCACAAGACCCAGUCCGCGUACGAGAACCGCUUCCCGCAGCCGGAGGACUGCACCGAUUUCGGGUUCAGCUCGCUGGCGAACGCGCCGCAGUUCAUUCGACCAUUCCAGGAGGAGUAUACGGUAAAUGAGGGGGAGAAGAUCCAACUGGACUGCUUGAUGGUGGGAAAUCCAAGGCCCAAAGUCCAGUGGUUCUUCAACGAUCGCCCGAUCAAGUCAAAUUGGCAAUUUGCGGAGGUGAGAUGGGGGUUAUGAAAAAUUUUGAGAUUUUUUGAGAGGAAAAUUUUGAAAUUUUUUGAAAUUUUUGAAAAUGAAAAAUUUUGAAAAAGUUUGCAAAUGAGAAAAUUUUUUGAAGAAAAAAAUUUUUUUUGAUUUUUUUUCAAAAACAAAAAAUCUUGAAUCAAAAACAUCAUCUAUGUUUAUUUUUCCACCCCAUUUUCAGUUCCCCAACAUUGGCGACACCUAUUACAUUUCGUUUGCCCCGGCCAAGCUGGAAAACGCCGGCUACUACCGAAUUGUCGCCGAAAAUGUGCGAGGAAGGACCGAAUCGACUACGCUGAUCCAUAUUCGACCCAAAUCUAUGAUCCCACCGCCAUCUAGAAAGGUAAAAAAAAAUUUUUUUAAUGCACAGUGCAAAUUAAAAAAAAAAAUUUUUUUGCACCGUGCGGUAGAUUUCAAAAUCUUGAGAAAAUUUUUUGUGGCUUUCUUGUCGUCUAAAUCAUCUUCUUUUUUAUUUUUUUAUUUCUAAACUUGUCCGCACAGUGCAGUGAAAAAAUCAGUUUCGACCGCACUGUGCGUAUUUUUAACAAAUUUCAAUUGCACAGUGCGGAACAGUGCAGAACUAGUAAAAAUCUUUUAGAUCGAGAAUUUGUGGCCAAACACAUUAUUCUGACAUUUUUUGAAAUUUCCCAAUGUAUUCAGCACAGUGCAAGAAGAAAAACUUUUUUGACUGCACAGUGCGUAUUUUCAAGAAAUCUCGAUUUCACAGUGCGGAAUAGUGAAAAAUGAGCAAAAAUGUUUUAGAUCGAUGACAUAUGGCUAGAUACGUUGUACUAACAGGUUUUGUAUUUUCUCAAUAUAUCCCGCACUGUGCAAGAAGCAAAACUUUUUUCACCGCACAGUGCAGAAUAUCAAGGAGGAUUACUGCACUGUGCGGCCAAAUCUAACGUUUGUAAUAUUGUUUUUUAAUGCGUUUAGUGCUUAUUGUCGUAUUUUACUAUCAAAUUAAGCCCUAAUUGUGUCUAUUUCAGACUCCUCAACGAUUUAUUCAAAAAGAUUUCGGAGCCACCGACUACGCUCCAAGUCCGACGUAUUAUUCCGAUCGUGGUUCUACCUCGUCGCCAGCUCGUCGCAUUAUGAGUCAGUCUGCCUAUCAGCCUCGGGAUCAUGGCCCGUACGAGCGAUUCGCACAGUCACAAAGCCCCCAAUAUUACACUACCGAGGAGAGAUACCAAAACGAAGAAAUCGUAUAUUCGCCAUCCUCUCAGGGGUAUCCGCAACAAAUCGUUGAUAGUCAAAGGUAUCCUCAGUCUAGUCCAGGGCCACAGAGAGUCGGCGGAGGCUAUAUUGGAGUGCCAGGGCAUCAAAAUAUACAUCAUGUUCAUCAAAGUGGUCAUGAUGAAUAUACUGCUCAUAGAGCCGGGUCUGAAGGUCGUUUUGGCUCGCCUGCAACACAGAGGUUUUCGCAAGGCCAGAACGUUGCAAAUUAUCCUGUCCAAGGGGGAAUUCGAGCGCUAGGACAUCAAAAUAUUCAUCAUGUUCAGCAAGAUGGUCAUGGUGAAUAUAUUGGUCAUGGAGUUCAAACUGAAGGCCAAUUCGUUCCUCCAGGAAGUCAGAGAUACUCUCAAGAUCGUAUCGUGUCCAACCAAUCGUAUGAUCAAGUGUUCUCGCCAAGUUAUCCACAGGAAUUCGCGAAAUUCGAAGAGCCCAACUACUCUCAACAAGAAUACCAAGAAUACCAGCAAAGCUACGAGCAAGACGAGUUAGACCUUGCUCGGCGUUCCUCGGACGCCCAACCCCCGCAUUUCAUCCAAACCCUACAAUCGUAUGUCGCCAGUAUUGGGGAGAAUGUUCAGUUCGACGCAAUUGUCACCGCCAAUCCCGAGCCCGAAAUUGUCUGGACAAAAGAUGGGCAUUUGAUCGACCAAAAAGUCUCGCCUCAUCUGCAAUUCGUCCAACAAGGAGAGCACAUCGCGUUGAUUGUGAAUAACGCUCAGCCUGAGGAUUGCGGGAAGUACAUGUGCUCGGUUCGGAAUGUCCUUGGAGUCGCUACAAGUAGCGCGCAAUUUGUCGUGAGACGUGAGUUACUAUAAGUUACAGUAAUCUCUGAUCUUUUUUAUUGGUGAAAUAAGAUUAGAACUCUUCAAAUCACUGAAAAGUUUUGUUAUAAUAGUAAAAAAAAAAAUUUUGCUGCACUGUGCAAAAAAUUGAAAAAAUUUCUGCACUGUGCGAAAUUUCAAAAAAUUUCUUUUUUAUAAAGAUGAAGCUGUCAGAUGAAAUAAAAAUCCACUUCAUAUGAUUAAUCGAGCUCUUGAUUUGACAUUUUUUACAUUACCAAUAGACUUUGAAUAUCCUGCACCGUGCAAGAGACCAAUCUUUUUUGACCGCACAGUGCAGAAUUUCGAAAAAUGUCAAUUGCACAGUGCGAAAUUUAAAAAAUCGCUCUUUCAUAGGUAUAAAAUUGAUAUAUGGAUGGAAAAUAUAUUUCCUAUGAUAAAUUGAGCUCUUGAUUUUACAUUUUUCACAUUGUCAAUAGUUUUUAUUAACCCUGCACGGUGCAAAAAACCAUUUAUUUUGACUGCACUGUGCAAAAUUUCAAAAAAUGUCAAUUGCACAGUGCAGUAAAUAGCAAAAUGGUAAAAUAAUUUUUCCUAGGGAUCUUACGGUCUUUCUUUUUAUGGGCAUACCACAGUAAAAUUUUCAAAGUCAUCUGCACUGUGCAAAAACCCUAAAAAUUCUGGAACGCACAGUGCAGUAGAAAAAAUUCCAUAUAAAAUCCCAAAACUCAAAGAAAUUGUUGUGAAAAUGUUUAUAACUCGAUUUUCAGCCAAUACUGUCGCACCAGACUUUAUUCAACGGCUGAUUAGCGAGGAAGUUGCCGAAGGCCAGCCACUUCGAUGGACUGUAAAAACAACUGGCGACCCUGAGCCACAUGUGGUCUGGUUGAGGAACGGAGAACCAAUUCCGAACUGUCCAGAAGUCCAGUUGAUCACGGUAAGAAAAAAAAUCAAAAAAUCGGGAGUUCAAAAAAAUUUUUUUCUGAAAAAAAAUUAAUUUUUUUUUUUGCUUGAAAAUGAAAAAUUGCGUUUUGAGAUGCGACAAAAUUCCAAAUUUUUGCCAGUUUAGGUACUAAUUUGGUCAUCACGACAAGUUUUUUGAUCUUUUUGAAAUUUUGUAUGGCUAAAAAAUCUCAUUUUUAAUGAUGACGUCAUAAUUUUUUUUGUCAAAAAUGGACCAAAAAAUGCGUCAUGAUGACAUAUUUUUUUGAUUUUUUUUAAAAACCCCAAUUUUCCCUCAAAAAAAUCAAAAAAUCCCGUUUUGAGCACAAAUUUUUAAUGAUGACGUCAUAUUUUUUGUCAAAUAUAGACCUAAAAAUUUGUCAUGAUAACAAAUUUUUGUUUAAAUUCCUCCAAAACCCCCAAUUUUUCAACAAAAAAUCCCGUUUUGAGUUCAAAUUUUUAAUGAUGACGUCAUAUUUUCUUUUGCCAAAUAUAGACCUAAAAAUUUGUCAUGAUGACAAAUUUUUUGUUUAAAUUCCUCCAAAACCCUCAAUUUUUCAACAAAAAAAUCAAAAAAUCCCGUUUUGAGUACAAAUUUUUAAUGAUCACGUCAUAAUUUCUUUUGUCAAAUAUAGACGAAAAAAUUUGUCAUGAUGAGAUAUUUUUGGAAUUUUUCAAUUCCUCUAACCCCCCAAUUUUUCCUCGAAAAAGUCAAAUAAUCCCGUUCCAGGAGGGUCCCGGCGUGCAUUCCCUCUUCAUUCCGGCCGUGGAACAAGCGGACGGCGGCCAAUUCACCUGCGUCGCCGAAAACGUGGCGGGCGAGGCGCGCUCCACCGCCGACCUGGUGGUGCGGCCGGCCGGCUCCGAGCCCGGCGCCUACUUUCACAUAACGAAGGUCACGCAGGAGAAGCGAGUCAAUGGCGAGGAUGUGGCUCAAAGCGAGACGUUCGCGAUCGAAUCUCCAAAGUAG